AGUCGACGCGUUGCACAAACGAGGGAACUGCCUUCAGCUACUUUAUUUAGGUGCAAAAAACGGUGAUGGCGGCCAGAACCAGGCGACCUGAGACCUUGCCUUCUAAUUCAACACUACCUUCCACUAAACAUUUGGAAACAUUUGGUCUAGGGAGCUGAAGAAAUGGCUUAGUGGUUAAGAGGUUAGUGACUGCUGUUUCGGAGGAACUGGUUUCAGUUCCCAGCUGCCCACAUGGCCGUUCAUCUGUCUGUAACUCCAGUUCCAGAGGGUCAGACUGUUAGGAUAUAUUUUAAAAUGCCACAUACAACAGAUCUGAUAGGAAAGAGAUUUAUUGGAUGGAGGUGGAGACAGAGGGAGAGGAGAAAGAGAAAGGAGAAAGAAGAAAGAGAAGAGAGAGAAGAAAGAGGGAGAGAGAAAAACUCUGGCCUAAACAGUUGGUGGAUAUGACUGGAAGGACAUACAAAGACAAGAAAACAUGUUAUUGGAAGAAAAAAAAAAACAAACCUGUGAAGCCUUUUUGUUGGUAUGCACUGAGCCAGAGAAAGAAAAAACAAGGAAGCCAGCAGUAAAAACAAGGAAGCCAGCAGUUAAGGACGGAAAGGGUGUCUUUAUGAACUGGCUCUUCCCCUGGGCAUGUUGGUUCUGGAUUAUCAGCCAGUUUAGAUUCCACAUCAGCUCCUGAAAAACCACCUGUUACAUUCAGAAGUCAUGGUUCACUGGAAUAUCAAAGGAAAGAUGGUAUAAAUUUAAUUCCGGCAGUUUGGCAAUAUCAACAUCAGAUCUUUGACAGCUGCUACUCCUGCUGAAUAAGUAAUUGUUUCUGGGACGGAGGAAUUUCAUAGCCGUCUGAUUAUAGGGCAUGGAAGUCCUAGACACUGUAGCUGCUCGUCGAGUAUGUUGAGAACUCCCCACAAACAGCACCUACUUUUUAAGGAUUAAAUCCAGUUGGAUUGUAUUGACUGUAACCAUCAUAAAAACACUUCUAAGAGGCGUUUUAUUCCUACUUAAGAGAUGAAGUUAUCUAGGGCCAGGAGUUAAGUACGAGGCUUAUUAACGAGUGCUAAAGUGUUUACCAUUUUAGCCAGAUUCCAACCUGGUCUGUCUUUUGAGGCCUCAGACCUUCCACUGACUUUCCGUCUCCUGCUCACCUCCCUAAGAACACACAAUUUCCAAUGAAGUGAUGAUUUCAAUAGACGAAACCACGGAGACUGACUCGUUAAAAAGAAAGUCACUCUCAUUUUUCUUCUUAAAGAUGAGAAGAGCCAGGAGUGGUGGUUUGUGCUUGAAUUCCCAGCACUGGAGACAUAAAUGGAAGAAUUCCAGGUUUCAGACCUUAUUCAAACAAAACAAAAGAAAAACACACAAGAAGAACACAGUCAACAAAGGGCUGUAGAAAAGGCUCAGUGGAUGAAGGCCUUUGCUGCUAAGCAUGAUGACCUGAGUUUGCUCCUUGGAACAGGAAAGCUGACUUCCUCACAGAGCUGCCCUUUGACCUCCACCCUUUGGGGCAUGUGUGCCUACAUACAUCAUCACCAAUAAUGAUGACUUUUUUUUUAUUUUUUCAUGGAACCUCCUUUGCCAUUGGCUGUAUCAAGAUUAUGCUGAAUGUCUCCUUUCCAGCUACUAGCUGUGAGAAACACACUGGAGUGGACAAUGAAUGCAUGUUCUGUGAGGAGUGCACGGCCACAGAAGUAGCUGCUGGUGCUCUGGGUGAAGAGCAGAAGGCUUAUGUGGUCCAAAAGAGUCAUGGGAAUGAAAAACGAGGUGUUCCCAUGAAGGUCUUGACCCAUGCAGAGCGCGCCUGCUGUUGAAUAAGGAAGGGGUGUUCUUACCAUGGACCAAGGAGAACUGGAGAGCAGAAGAGCAAGUCUGUUCACAGAUACAUUGUGGACACCAAUCUGAGUUUUCUUGUCGUGGUUGUUGUGGGGGGAAAGAGAGAAGGAAGUUCCUGGAUACUACAGUGCCUCAGUGGAUAGGGCCCCAAAGAUCUUGCAAAAUCUGAAAGCUUUCAAUCUUUCAAAAGAAGAUGAUGUCCAUCAACAUGUUGCCAGAAAGCCCAUGAACAAAGGAGCGAUGAGAGUCCUUCUGCACCUCCCCACGCUCCUGGCUUCCCUGACCUUCCUCCAGACUGCAGCACCGGCCAGGAAUGCUGCAACUUCCAGAACUGGCAUCAUCUCUGACACAGUGAAUACAGUCAAGGCCUCAGUUGACCAGGCCUUCCUGGAUUCCCGGACCAGGCUGAAGAGGGCCCUGACCAGUCAGACACCUACCACCCGGCAGCUCACACAGUAUCUCAAGCACUCCAGAGGCAGGACCCGAAGAGCCAUCCGCGUGGGACAUGUGUGGGAAGAGUCUCUGAAGAGACUGAAACCGGUGGUGCCCCUCACCAAUGUCACAGGCCAAGGCCUGGACUUGGCCUUGCUGUUUUCGGAAGUCGGCUGUGAUCCCCAUGCUCUGCCGGUGAACUGCAACAUGAGUAGCCCUUACCGGACCAUCAAUGGAGAGUGUAACAACAGGAAGAAUCCAACGCUGGGAUCCGCCAACAAGGCGCUGGCUCGAUGGCUACCCGCGGAGUACGAGGACGGGAUCUCCCUCCCCUUCGGGUGGACGCCGGGAAAGACGCGGAACGGCUUCCCUCUACCGCAGCCCCGGGCCGUCUCCAACCAGAUCCUUGCCUAUCUGAACGAGGAUGUCCUGGACCAAAACAGAUCCCUGUUCUUCGUGCAGUGGGGUCAAAUCGUAGACCACGACAUGGGGUUUGCGCCUGAAACUGAGGCGGACAACUACACCAAAGCCUUGUGUGAGGAUUACUGUAUCCAGAGAGACAACUGCUUCCCCAUCAUGUUCCCAGCUGGUGACCCCAAACUGAGGACUCAGGGGAGAUGCAUGCCUUUCUUCAGAGCUGGGUUUGUCUGCCCCGAAACACCCUACAGAUCCCUGGCCCGAGAGCAAAUCAAUGCUCUGACCCCUUUCCUGGAUGCUAGCUUGGUGUACAGCCCCGAGCCAAGGAUGGCAAAUCAACUUCGAAACCUCAGCAGCCCCUUGGGCCUCAUGGCCGUCAACGAAGAGGUCUCAGACCGGGGUCUGCCCUUCCCACCUUUUGUCAAAAUGAAACCCAGCCCCUGUGAGAUCAUCAACACCACUGCUGGUGUGCCCUGCUUCUUGGCAGGAGACUCUCGAGCCUCGGAGCAGAUCUUGCUGGCCAUAUCCCACACACUCUUUAUCCGGGAGCACAACCGAUUAGUCAGAGAACUAAACAGACUCAACCCUCAUUGGGAUGGAGAGACGCUCUAUCAGGAAGCCAGGAAAAUCAUGGGCGCCUUCAUCCAGAUUAUCACCUUUAGGGACUAUCUACCCAUCCUUCUGGGAGAUGAGAUGCAGAAGUGGAUACCCCCGUACCAAGGCUACAAUGAAUCCGUAGACCCCCGAAUCUCCAAUGUCUUCAACUUUGCUUUCCGCUUUGGCCACUUGGAGAUCCCCUCUACCGUGUCCCGCUUAGAUGAGAAUUAUCAGCCAUGGGGCUCAGAACCUGAGCUCCCCCUGCACACGGUCUUCUUCAACACCUGGAGGCUCGUCAAAGAUGGUGGAAUUGACCCUCUGGUUCGAGGCCUGCUGGCUAAGAAGGCCAAGCUGAUGCAUCAGGAUAAAAUGAUGACGGGGGAACUCCGAAACAAGCUGUUCCAGCCGAAUCACACCAUCCACGGCUUCGACCUGGCCUCCAUCAACAUUCAGCGGUGCCGAGACCACGGGCAGCCUGGGUACAACUCCUGGAGAGCGUUCUGUGGGCUGUCCCAGCCAGAGACACUAGAGGAGCUGAGUGCUGUGCUGGGAAAUGAGGAGCUGGCCAAGAGGCUGAUGGGCCUCUAUGGAACCCCCAGCAACAUUGACAUCUGGCUAGGGGCCAUUGCUGAACCCCUGGUCCACAGGGGACGGGUAGGGCCUCUCUUGACCUGCCUCCUGGGCCUGCAGUUUCAGAAGCUCCGAGAUGGAGACAGGUUCUGGUGGGAAAACCCCGGGGUCUUUACAGAGAAGCAACGGGACUCUCUACAGAAGAUGUCCUUCUCGCGCCUCGUCUGUGACAACACGGGCAUCGACAAGGUCCCCCUGAACCCAUUCCAGGCCAACACCUACCCUGAAGGCUUUGUAAACUGCUCCUCAGUUGAUAAGCUGGACCUCUCACCCUGGGCCUCAGUGAAGAACUAGGAACCUGCUGCUCACGGCUUCCUACAUUGCACAGAGGCUGCCUCUUCCCAGCUCCUCCCCUCAGCUCUCACCACUCUCACCACUGAGCCUGUGAAAAUCAUCUGGCGAGACUUAGACUUCCAAAGAUGCCCCUCCUGCUUGUCAGAUGUAAGGUAACCUCUCCCUGGAUGGGCAUUCGCUGAGGCUGCGACCUUUGGCCCUUAUGUUUCCUCCUGUCCAUAAGCACCUGAGCCAGAGACUUCCUCCUGCUUAUGGGUACGGCUUGUGGUACUUACCGUGGUGUUCGGCACCCAAAGUGCUCAAUAAAUAUCCAACUGCUCCUUCCUAAGGGCAGGCCUU